ACACCCGACAGUGUCACCCACUGUCACCUAAGCUAACAAAAAUGAAAUUUUCGUAGAAAAUAUCAAUAAGUAUGAAUCACAAGCCCGAAAAAAAUUCAAUUUCUUCACCUUCGGAAAUUGAAAAGAAAAUUCGAUCAUUAAGAAAAUCUAAACGUCUAAAGGAAAUCGAUGAACUAGUUCGAAAUGCUUGUAAAAAACUGGAUCCAGUGAUGACAGUGCUUUUAGAUAAUAACAAGAACUACGACCACUAUUUAACAAAACAAGAAUACGAGAAUGUUCUUACUGCAUCUACAAUAAUUAAAGAAGUAAUUGAAAUUUUUGAAUCAUCCGGAAUGAAAACAGACAUCAAAUAUUUGGAUUUCGAAUUAGAACGUAUCAAUCUGAACGUUAACAAGAAAGGAAAUAUAUUUGUUGACACUAUAAUGCUUAUACAGCUUAUUGAUUUAUAUAAUAUUCUAGAAAAUAUCAAAAUUUUCGUGGAAAAAAUUCGUAGUUCAUCUGGUAUUAAUUCCAUAGUUCAAACAACCGAAUCAUUAACAUCAUUUGAUGUAGAAGAAGAACUUUCUGAUGUUUCAGACCCUAAUAAAUUCACUUUGAUGUUGACAGAAGAUGACCAGAGUAUAAUCGAUAUGUUGAAUCAGGAGUAUUUCGUUUUUCCUUCAACUACAGAAGUUGACAACCGCGAAAAACCAUCUGACAUCAACAAUGUACAAAGUGCCAAUAAGGUUGUUAUUAAAUGUAUCUAUAAUCUUCAGGAAGUGAGCAAAUAUUUGGGAAUUGAGAAGAAAGAUGUGUACACUGUGUGCUCAAGAGCUGAGGUUGAAGAUGUUCAUCCUCACACGAGUGAGCGUAGACACAGUCCAGUUCAUAAAGCUAAAGAGGAUACGGUUGUAGUUGGUAAUAAAUGCUCUUGUGCGGAUUGCAUGAAGUCUAGGACUGAUGGAGAGGAAUGCGAAGACGACAAAAUUAUUAUAUGCAUCAAGGGCCGCAACCAGGACGAAGGCGAUGUAAAAAUAGUCAUUAGGCAGUGCCCCGAUUGCAAGAACUCCGAGGGCAAGGACGAUUCUAAAAAGCGUGCAAAGCCGCACCCACCAACUCCCGACACCCAAUCACAAAAAAGCGUCAAACUCGACGAAAAACAUCCGUCAGAAAGUUCCAAGAGCUACAAAUCUCAGCCAUCGGCUGCAAGUUCACAGCAUUCGCAGUCUGUACAUGACAGCGAUAGCGAACCACACAUGAAUGAACCGGCACUUGGAAGAACCCGCUCCCGUGAAAGCACUAGGUCGGAGAAAAGCCAAAAAUCUGUCGUAAUCCAGGACGAGCCCGAAUAUAAAAGUAAAAUUUCCCAACCAGGUGAUUUACGCUUAGCGAAAAGUGACAGGUCAGUUCAUAGCACUCGUAGCAGCUCUCCUGUUACAUCUAUUAAAAGUGAACAGGAUCAAUUUAAGGAAGAAGACAAAUAUGAGGAAGAAAGGCAUGCCCCAGAACCGAAAACCGAGACUUUCAUACAACACCAAGCAAAGUACUCUAAUAUCAACCUGUUUGAAACAACAAACCUUUGUUUGAAAACCGAAACAGGUCAGGAUCUAAUUAUUUCGUUAACAGUAACUCUGCAAGAGUUCGAAAACAAAAAACUGAGCUUGAGAGACAUCUUUAGCGAAGAUGAGUAUGCAAAUAAAGGCCAGCAAUAUCCUCCUGAUCAAUAUCCUCCGGAUCAGACUAUGGUUGUAGAGGAUCACUUUAUUCCCUUAGAAAGGACUAAAGUAUGUUCCUCUUUAGAUUUUGAUGUAACAGUUGAAGAUUCGAAGAUGAGAGACAAGGGUCUUAAAAAUAAAAACGCCCAAAUCGUGGUGAAGCUGAACGAUUUUGGGAUUGAUAACCUUCUUCGAGCUUGUAGGCCAGCUAAAUGUUGUAGAAAAUCGGUUUUAAAUGAAAAAAUGAAGAAGUGUAUGCCGUAUCCUCCAAGUUUAAGGUCUUUGCCGUUGGAUGAUAGCGAUUACGAUGUUAUACAUCAAUCUUUGCAGAUGAGUUUACAAAAAGUGAAGAAUUCUACAAAUUUGAAGAAAGAAUAUUAUGUAAACCAUGUAAAUCCAGUCCACACUGUUAUGUAUUUUCACAUUGAAACUGCUGAUCCUAUGAUAUCGUCUAAAAUAAAAAAUGUUAAGGAAUAUUUUGUUAAAGAAAAGCUAAAUUAUUAUAUAAACUUGGUAAAAGAUUUCAAGUCAAAUGCAAGAGAAGGUAUCCAGAAUAAAAAUGAUAAUAAUCUUCUCGGAACUUAUAAAACUACAAAAUGUUGUUCUAAAUAUGUUUUAAAUAAAGAAAUAAAGAUGCUACAACUUGGCAAAAAACACUACGAAAAUGUUAUGCAAAUUAGUUGUAAAAAUCAUUAUUCGCAUGGUAUUAAUAAUAUUCAUACUGUAAUGUAUUUUCAAGUUGAAACAAAUUUACCAGGAGUACCAACAAAAAAGAGACCAAUUAACAAAUGCUUUGUAAAACAAAAAUUAAAUUAUUACAUCAAUUUAGCUAAAGAUUCGGGAUGUAAUAGCAAAAAGUCAAAAUCAAAAUAUGACGUUUUGUAUGUUGACAUGAGAGACAAAUCGGACAAAAACAUUAAAAAUGAAGUGGUGAAAAAAUGCUCAGGAGAAUCCAGUACUUCUCGCUGGACCAAGUUUCUCAAUUACGAUGAAAUACCCAUAGUUAGCAAACAAACUGUAGCCGACCAAAAUGAUUUGUUCAGUCCUUUAACAGAAAACCAGUCGUCGGACAAGCAUUUGAAAACUAAAAGGAAAACAGUCCCCCGAAGCAAAAUACCAGUUUUUCAAAAACAUAGUCCUCAAAAAAAUGGUGAAGCGAAAACAUUGGAAACGGAAAUAUAUUGCAUAAGUUUGAGUUCGUUGCCUGAAAAUAAAGAUCUGGCGUCUCGUAUCAUGAAUGGAAUUAAAAAAAGCAGUACUAUCGAAACUAUAGAAGAUAAUGCCGAAAAAUUGCUUAAAAUUAAAAAAGAUAAACCUUUGUACGCACAAAAAAGUGUAGGCCCUUCAAAUUACUCCAUGUUAAGCAACAGAUCAGUCAAACAUCACAAGAAGAAAAAGAAACAGUAUUAUCUCUCUAGAUCAAAGUCAGAAACGUCUUUGAAUAUUAGAAGUGCACAGUUGAAAAACAGAAAGAAUCAAACUUUGAAGCAAAAAGUAACCAAAACUAUAUUAGACACAAAUUAUGUGAAUUCAAAUCAGAAUAUUCUUAAAUCUGAAGACUUAACGCAAUUGAUAAUAAAUUGUUUUUCUGAACUUGUAUACAAUAUGGUUUCUGAGAAGAUAUUGAACGAAUUGCGAUUAGAAAAUGUGAUUAGAAAUCCAAUAAAUGAGAAAUAUUGUCAUGUUCAAGUAUCUACAACGGGUCAAAGUUUAAUGGAUAUGUACGAUACUGCCCAAAAAAGCACAUCUGCUAGCAUACUGGAAAUCAAGCAAUAUCACUUAAACACUUCCUUCCACGACCUGAAGGCCAAACAAUCCCAAUCGUGUAUCUUCUUUAUUGGCAACAAUAUUAAGAAUUCCUUAAUUUGCGGGGACUUAGCUAUUCAAACCUCUCGCAUCUUUGGCACUAAUGUACAGUGCCAAACAUCACAAACUUUGGUAUCAUAUAAGAAAGACUUGAAGCCGGAGGUUAAACGCCAGAAACACAAACUCUUUUCUGCAAUUUAUGACGGAGAAGCACUAACUGGAAUUCCUAACAGUUGUGAUCAACUGGAAAACUUCAUUGUGCUUUUCAAAAGCCUUGAAUCUUUUACAUCAGAAGUCUUUGAAAAGGACCUUAGUUUAAUAGAUUCGGUUCAAAGUUUCGAAUCAACCAGGCACAGUAUUCAUGAUAGCCUGAGUAGCUCGCUUCUUAAACUGAAAGAGACUUUGGAGCGAUACGAAGUGGUCAAGAAGGAAAUAAAGCAAAGAGAGAAUAUUAAUCCUAUUGAAUAUUUUGUGUAUCAAAUGUGCGCUUGUAAUAGAGUUCAAAAGAAGCCAUCUGUGGUUCAGAGAAUUUUAAGUAAGACUAAAGGAUUGUUUUCGUCGACACAGUGUAAUAAAAGGCAGAAAACAUGGGAACCUUCAAUGAUUCGAGAUACAGAUAUCUGUCAGCAUUGUGGUUGUAAUAUACUAAAAUGUCACAAUAAAAACGCCAAUGCUGCACCUUUAUCUGCAUGUUCAUGUCCAUCCGAGACAAAGACCGAAAUUAUCCAAGAUUCCAAGAAAUACCGCCAACCUUGCUGCAAAACAGAACAAAAUAAACCAAAAAAAAUAUCCAGAAUUGCUUGCGAGCAUUUGGCCAAAAUAAAAUCAUACGUUCAGUGUUCAGUUUCAAGCAUUUUGAAAAAAGACCAAUUGCAGCCUUGUACUUGCCCAAUAAAAAACGGCACCGACGCUAAAGGAAGUUCUAAUGAGAUCUCUAAAACAGACCAAUCGCAUGAUACUAAAGAUUCCUCAACUCAAAAAUGCGCAUGUCAGAAGUGUGAAAACUUUUCGGAAGACGGGACUUGUUGUUGUUCGCAUUGUCAAGGAUGUUUGGAUAAAAGUUUGGAAGCGAAACCUAAUAAUAACGAUGCUGGUAUCUUAUGUAAAUGCUCAAAAGAAGAACUAGAAAAGUCGAAAAGUAAAAAUAACAACAACGCAAUUGUAAACUACGGCAUAGUGACAAUAGACAGGGAUAUGGAUGAAACGAAACAUGAAAACUUUGAACAACUGGAUACUGAAAACGUCGAUAAUACUAAUGUUGUUCUUGAUACGGUCGAUAGCAAUGUUACUUCGAGUUUCUUUAAUAAUGACAGUAACAACACUGCUGCGUAUUAUGUGAUAGCUUCUCCAGCAAUGAUGUCAAGUUUAAGCCUAGAAAGUGCAAAUCCAUUUUGUCAAUAUUUGAUCAAUAUGUCACCUGUAAAUAGAUAAAAAUAAAUAUACAUUUGAUAAAAGUUGAUAUUAU